CUGAGCACGGAUUUGAUUGGUGUGUUUUGUGCCGUAAGUCGCGUCGGCUGCAGAACGCAUGGGGAGCCUGCAGCAGGAAACGUGAGUCUGCUCCCACAAGAUCAGGAUGGAGGCAAAACCCAGGAAGAAGUUUUCUCCCAAAGCUGGAAAGAAACUCUCACACAAAGGAAAAGAUUCCAUCGGGACCAAACUUGGUGGGAAACCAGGCGGUAAGCCGGGCGGUAAAAAGCCUUUCAAGCCCUACAACACCGCCGAGAAGAGGAGCAAAUGGGGGAAAAGCGGAGACGGAGCCAAGAAAGACCAGAAAUUUCCGUUUUCCAAAGCUGGGAAGGGGCCAAGGAAGAGGAAACUGGAGAGGGAGAUAAAGAAGGAGGAAGAGGGAGGAGAGGAAGAGGAGGUGGACGAGGAAGAGGCGGAAGGCUCAGAGCCUAAGAAGAUGAAGUGGGGCGACUUCAAGCAGAAGAAGAAGGAGCUGAAGAAGACGAGGCAGCAGGCAGAGAAGAAGGACAUGUUCGACAUCAUCAACCAAUCAAAACACAUCUGGGGAAACCUCAGGAGGAAGGACUGCACCAAGGAGGUGAAGAGCAGGCUGAUGCGGGAGCUUCAUGAUCUGAUCCGGGGCAAAAUCAAGCCGAUGGCGUACGCCCACGACACGGUGCGGGUGCUGCAGUGCUUCAUCCAGUUCGGCAACAACGAGCAGAGACAGGAAGUGUUCGACGAGCUCAAAGACGACAUGGUGGGCCUGUGUAAGUCUCAGUACGGCAGACACAUCGUGAAGAAGCUGCUGAUGUACAGCAACAAGGAGCUGCUGGCGGCCGUCAUGCAGAUGUUCAGAGGGCAGGUGCGUCAGAUGCUCCGCCACGCCGCCGCCUCCUUCCUCAUCGAGUACGCCUACAACGACAAGGCCGUGCUCGCCCAGAGGCUCAUGCUGACCGAGGAGCUGUACGGCAACACCUUCAUCGUCUGCAAGUCCACCGUGUGUCCCACCUUGGAGAAAGUCCUGGAGGCGAACCCAGACAAGCUGAACAACAUCCUGGACGAGAUGAAGCAGAUCCUCACACCAAUGGCACAGAAAGAACAGGUGAUCAGACACUCGCUGGUCCACAAAGUCUUCCUGGACUUUUUCCUUUUUGCUCCGGACAAAAUGAGAAUGGAGAUGAUCGAGUCCAUCAGGGAGUCGGUCGUCUACAUGGCGCACACACACGACGGAGCGCGAGUCGCCAUGCACUGUCUAUGGCACGGGACACCCAAGGACAGGAAGGUCAUCAUCAAAACGAUGAAGACGUACAUGGUGAAGUUCGCCACGGGGGAGUUCGGCCACCUGGUUCUUCUGGCGAUAUUCGACUGUGUGGACGACACCAAGCUCGUCAAACAGGCCGUGUUAUCAGAGAUCCUGUCGUCGCUCGACGAGGUGAUCAGUAAUAAAUACGGUAAGAAGGUUUUGUUGUACCUGCUGAGCCCCAGAGACCCGGCCCACCUGCUGCCCGAGAUCAUCAAGGUGCUGGAGCAGGGAGACGGCAACGCCCACAGUAAAAAGGACGCGGCGAUUCGGAGGAAGGAGCUGCUGGAGGCGGUCUCUCCCCCGUUGCUAGGGUAUCUCCAUGACAACGCUGCCGCCAUGGUGAUGGACAAGGCCACCAGCGUCACCGUGAGUGACAUCCUGGCGUCGGCCUGCGGGGACCUGCAGCCCGCCAUGACGGCCGUGGCUCAGCUGGCCAAUCAGGAGCUAGUACCGGGCGGGACAGAUGGACAGCUGCACAUGGCAGAGCACCCAGCGGGACACCUGGUGCUGAAGUGGCUGAUAGAGCAGGACUACAUGCUGGCUGAGGCUGGCAAACAAGAGCGCUUCGGCAGGAUCCUGCUGGACACGGUCGGGACGGACAAACUGAAGACCUGGGCCAGAGUCAACAGAGGAGCCAUGGUGCUGUGCAGCCUCCUGAACAGUGACGACAAGGCCGUGGCUGCCGAGGUGAAAGUGGCGCUGACAUCCAUCACACCUGAACUCCGCAGCAUCAGCAACAAUAAAGGAGCCGAAAUCCUGUUGGAGAAACUGUCCAGUUAGAGACUGGGAUCCACAACACACACACACACACACACACAUACACACACACACACACACAUACACACACACACUCUCACAUUUUCCUCAGUCAGCGGCGGCUGGCUGAGUAACGUCCAGGUCGAGGGCUGUUCAGCAGGAGAUUUUGCUUUCUGGCUCUUGCAGAGACUAAAACUUUUUGUUUUGACCGUCUGUCUGUUUGUCUGUUUGUUUGUUUGUUUGUUUGUUUGUUUAUUCCAGUCAAAGUGGAAUGGUAAAACGCAUCACUUCCUGUGCAGCAGGAAGCAGCCAGCAGGCGCCGAGUGUUUGGAAAAGACUCAUGAACUGAACUUUGAUGGAGUCAAUGUAGAACGAGUCUCUCUCGUUAUUUCAGUACAAACCUGCCAUGUGUUUAUAUGGAAGUGUUAAGGAUUAUCACAGUUAACAGGAUUUGUUCAUUCUUUCCCUGGAAGGUCGUGUGUGUGUGUGUGUGUGUGUGUGUGUGUGUGUGUGUGUCACUGGAGUUAUUAAUUUGGAUAAACUAUGAUCAUAUUUGGUCUCAAACCACAUGAAUAAAACCCACCUGAUGACAGAAAUGAAGCCAGAAAAAUAUUUCAGUUUGCUGUUUUUGUUAGCUUGUUGUUUUUUUAAGGGGUGAAAAAAAUUGCACAACCCAAACCUUUUUUUUUUUUUUUGUAAUAUUUUAUAACUUGACUCAUAACUGUAUAAACUGUGCAAAUCGCUGAAAUAAAAAUCUACUUGCAACCUAAA